CAAGUAUCAGUCAUGCCAUUAUCAGAGCGAUAUGGCCCGUGCAGACCCUCGUCGGACAAUUCACUCAAAGUAUCUAAUCAAUUUUCGAGGUUCUCAAUCCCCUCUUCUACUACAAGACUCCUGUGGUGAUGUCCCUAACCGCAUUUGUCCGCAUUGCAAUGCGACAAUUUCUAACAAAUCAUCCCCAGCUUCGAGGCGGUGGACCGCGACUGUCGGUUCGUACGGAGGUAGAUCUCGCGGUCCGAUGCUCAGCGAGUCUGAUGGGGUCUGUGCUGCAUUUCUUCGAGGGAUGCAGGCUCGUGAGCACUGCAGAAGAGCCGGCGACUUGCAGCAGAAAAGAGCUGGCCUGGCGCAGUCUGGCCAGAAGAGUGGGUCGCCGCCGGAAUUCCGCUCCGGACACUGCAGAGCAAAUCAGAAGGCAGACGCAGGAACUUGAAAGCCAAAGCAUUUACGAAAUUGAAGUUGCGACUAAGGUUCCAGCCGGGUGCGCGAAAAUGGAUCUUUCUUGGUCCAUCGCGGUGCAAGCGAGCUCGUUGCCUCCGAGAGGGUUCAUUGAAACCACGCUGUGUUGGCUGCUCGGACUGCCAACACAGCAGACAUGCAGCUGCUGCAUCUCGAACCGCGGGAAAGUCGAUCAACCGUGCCUUAACUGGCCCCCACCUAACGAUACCAGUGCAGGAAGAACAGUGCAAUCAUCAACAAGAUCUACCGUACACGGCCAACGGGAUGCUUGAUCUAUCCAAGCUUGUUGCACAAUGUCUCGAUUCCUGAAGCCACCCGCGGUACGGCUAUAUCUCUGGUGAGACGGCAUUGCAUCACCUCGGGACGGAUGUCAAGUACUCCGCACUGAGCAUGCAAGGGACUCCUUCGGCGCUCACUGCGCAACACUCAACGCUGGUCAAUCUCUCUUGACGUUGGACCAAGGUUUGAAGCCGAGCAUGAUGGACGGCGGUGGGCUGAGAUUCGGUCCGUGCCUGCAGUUUGACCCCAACAAAGGGACCAAGCAGGGCUCGAGCCAAAAGAAGGAACGGUCCCUGCGCCGCAGCGGCAGGGGUCGCAAGGAGGAACUUGGGG